UUCCCUCCUGUGUCCCCCCCCCCCUUCUCUCUCAUCUCGGUUCCACCGGAAAGAGAAAUCUUCUCGCUUUCUUUGCUCCUCCUCCUCCUCCUCUCUCUCUCUCUCUCUCUCUCUCUCUCUCUCUCUUGGCUCCCUCCUUUGUUAAGGGGCCCCAGCGAGUGGAAACCAGAGCAGCAACCCCCCCCCCCCCUCCCUCCCUCCCUCCAUCCCUCCCAAGUGUGGGCUAUUAUUAUUUCUUCUGCAACCAGCAAAAUCCCAACUGGAGUAAUGUCUACCCUCUCCUUUUUCUCCUAUUUUUAGCAUCUUCCCCUCGACCACCUCCACACCCGGACCUACACCUACUGGUUCUCUUCUGUUCCCCGAAAUGGCGAAAAAUCUGGAGGACCCGGAGUUCUGGCUUCCAUCCGACUUCCUCUGCGACGAUUUCUUCGUCGAUGGAGGAGAGAAGAGGAGGAGCGAGGCGCAAGCAGCCGGGGUGGGCGAUGUUUGCUUUUCCGGCGAGCUGCCAUACGGGUUUGGUUCCAAUCCGCCAUCGCCGGUGGACUCUGUGACCGGAACCGAAAGCGAUGAGGAUGACUAUAUGGCUGGGCUCGCGCAAAAGAUGGCUCACUGCUUUCUCCAGGACGGCGACAAGGUGUCCUCUGCUCUUCCUUGUGGUGACAACGUCAAGAUGCGGAUGAUGACCGGUUCUCCUCAGUCGACUCUGAGCGCGUGGUCCGCUUCCGGCAAGGGGAGCCCGAACGGGCCUUCGCUGGUUUCCUCACCGUUGUCGUCACCGAUGGAGCAGCACAAGGAAGAUCCAUGGGAUGUGCUGUACGAAGCCGCAGGGCAGGUGAUGCGGCUGAGGUUAAACGAACAGAACGUUUACGCCCGCGGCCUCCUCGGGCCGUCGAGGAAGCCUUUUCCCGCCCCUUCCCAGAACCCCCAAAAAGCCGGCUGUUAUAACUCUCCAGUGCUCACCAAGCAGCAGUUGCAGGCGGCUCAGUUUUAUCAUUUGAAGCAGCAGCAAUUAAUGAAGCAACAGCUUUCAGCCGCAUGGGGGAGGCAGGGCAGAGCGAGGGUCGUCGGAGGUGGCGGCGGCGGCGGUUAUGGAGGAGAGGGGCGGUGCGGCGGCCGGCCACUUGGUCUGCCACUUCCUCUCCAGAAGCAGCAGCAGCCGCAGCAACACCAACAAGGGUCUGGGAUGAGAGCUGUCUUCCUCACCGGACCUGGUGCCAGAAGGGAGUCUACUGGUACCGGUGUCUUCCUCCCCCGGAGGGUCGGAACUCCAACCGAGUCUCUCAAGAAGCCAGCUUGUUCGACCGUGCUUCUGCCGGCUAGAGUCGUUCAGGCUCUUAACUUGAUCCCGGAGGAAUUGGGAGCCCAGCAACGAUAUCCUGGCGGCUUUGUUCUUGACCACGAUUCCCUGGUUGGCCGGAGCAACAAUGCUCUAUCCCACCCAAAGCGGAACCUCCAUCCUCAGCCAGCUGCCGUUCCAAGCCAUGACAUUCUCCUACCCCCGGAGUGGACUUACUAACUCCUCGUCACUGACAUCUCUUGUCGCUUUUACGGGUAGCAAGUAGUCUCUCAGCAGUUUUAGGUUAGGAUUUCAACUUCAUAUUGGAGGAAACUGGAAAAAAACAGCAGUAGAAAUGGUAGGUGAUAUUUGUCGUGUAGAUCUAGACUUGUGUCAUUUUGGAUUUUGGGAAGGAGGAAGUGCUUGGAUGGACGAGAUCGCUUGAUGAUUUGCUCGGGUGCCGGGGAAUAGACGGAUCGCGGGAAGGUCGAAAUAAGUCCAGCAGUUUUUUGUUGUUUGGGAAGAAAAAUUAUGAAGUGGGUACCUAUAUCGAAUAAGAUAAUUUCUUCUAUGUUUACUCGCCGAGCCCACCUAUUACUCUCUCUUGCAGCCUUUUGACUUGCAAAGAAAGACCAAGCAUUUAGGCUUGGGUAAUAAUAAUCAGUGUUUGGGUGGUUUCCUGAAGUAUAUUUUCUCUCCUGUAAUUUUUGUUUGAGGGAUGGGAGUUAUUAGGACAUAUGAUCAAGAUAGAAUGUUAUCUUGGCGACGAUCUGUAAGUGCGUUAUCGCUCUAUAAUGUAUUAAGGAAUAUGGCUUAAUGGUAAGUUUUAUUUCUUAUUGGGCUUGUGGUU